AUGGCUGAAAAGGAAACGUUCAACCUCACGAAAUAUGGUGUGUCAUUUAUGUUGGAAUCGCAAGAUUUAAUGGAAUUCAUUGAGGGUACGGACAUACAGCCUGUCAAGGAGACAGCAUUAAAAGACUGGAAAGAAUGGAAGAAGCGUCAGUCGAAGACAUCUGUAAUUUUACUAAGCUCAGUAGAUCAGUCACUGCAUAUUAAUUUGGUAAAUUGUAUGACGCCUAAGGACAUAUGGAAUAAGCUGCACUUGCUGUAUGGAGAUAUGACCGAGGAUGCGAAACAGUGUUGUUGGCAACAAUUCUUUGAAUUUCGCAUAAAUGAUGCUGAGCAGAGGAAAGAUAAUCUUAUUGCUAGGAUUAUUCGUGAAGAUAAACGAUUGAAUACUGCGGAGGAAGAGGCAUCAUCACUCGCAUUACAAGUGAUAAGUAUGCAGUUAAAACAUGAGAAACAAUUGAAAACGGACAAUUGCAAACAAGGUAAGAAGAAAAAGACUACUGUCAACAAAGUAGAGGAACUUAAGAAGAAAUAUCCGUGCAAUCACCCCGUGCGAUGGGUCACUGGUAUCGAGAGUGACAGUCGUAUUCGUAGUCGCUCGAAUUGGUUCAAUUCCUAUUCCAACGUCUACGACCACAAUAUGUCGCAGAUAUUAGAUUUGACUAAUUGGGAAAAUAGAAAAGGAGAGAUAAUUGAAGAAAAUUCAGAUCAAGUAGCAACAACCGUCUUGGAAGAUAUUUAUAAUAUUGACAAUAAAAUUCAAGAUGACUUGGACUUGAUUGCGCUCGUUGAAGGCAAUCCUAAACUUUAUGCUAAAGGAAAAGCGGGUUACAAGAAUGUACAAGAAAAAGAAAUAGCAUGGGUUUUUAUUGGCAAAGCUCUAAAACAUUCAUUAAGUGAUCAGAUGCGAAACAGAUGGGAUACGUUGCGAAAUCUCUAUAGUCGCGCAAGACGAGAAAUAUUGGCAUUAACAGAACAACAAGGGCGGUCAGGUUCAGGAAGAGAUAAUAUCUCAUAUGAAAACUUGUUGCCACCACAAAGCAUGGCUAUUCAUCGUUUCAUGGGUCAUCUAUAUGUUCCACGAAAGACACUCUCCAAUUAUACCAAAUCUAUGUCAUCUGCAUCAUGCCCUUCGUCUGGUUCUAAAUACAUACUUCCCCCCAGGUCUCUCUCCAAAUCGUUAUUGACAAAGUCCACGACUAUCUAUUUCAGAUUCAGAAGAAUCGACAACAUCAUUAAAGGGUUCGCCAGUAUACUCUCCUAUUUCAUAGUACCUACUUCAGAUAUCAAAAAAAGAAAGAAAACAGAUUUUGAAAUAGAUUCUAUGAUUAAAGGAUCAUCACAAACAAUAGCUGCAACUUGCUUAGUUUUGCCAACAUUCCUGAAUGCAACUUCUAAGGCAGACACAGAAGAAGAUAAAAGUUUAAUAACGUUCUUGUCACGUGGGUUAAAACAUGUGCCUGUACAACAGAAAAUAAGAUGCAUGAUCAAAAUAUUAGAGGUAUUAGAAUCAUUUCAACAGAACUGAAUAACAAGACU